AUGGCAGCCCCCCGGAGCGUGACGCCCAUCGACAAGAACUGGCACUUCAAGCAGGCCGACAAGCAAGACGCCAAACUGCUCCCCGUCAGCCAGUUCCCCACAAACGUCCACCUCGACCUCAUCCACCACGGCGUCAUCCCCGACCCCUUCAUCGGCAAGAACGAGCUCGACGUCCAGUGGAUCGGCGAGGCCCAAUGGCUGUACAGGACCACCUUCGCCUCCCCGGACGCCGUCCCGGAGGGUGCCAAGGCUGUGUUGGCCUUUGACGGUCUGGAUACCUUUGCCACCGUCGUGCUGAACGGCGAGACCAUCCUCGAGUCGGACAACAUGUUCACCCCGGAGCGCGUCGACGUCACGUCCGUGCUGAAGAAGGACGGUGGUGAGAAUGAGCUUGAAAUCACCUUUGACAGCGCCUACCUCCGCGGAUGGAAGCUGGUGGAGAAGUAUCCCGACCACAAAUGGGGCUGCUGGAACGGCGACAACUCGCGGCUGGCGGUUCGCAAAGCUCAAUAUCACUGGGGCUGGGACUGGGGCCCGACGCUCCUGACAUGCGGCCCCUGGCGGCCCAUCAAUCUCGAAGUAUACGCCUCCCGCCUCUCCGACCUCUAUUUCGAGACAACCGUCGACCCGUCCCUCAAGUCCGCCAAAGUGGUCGCCCACGCCACGACAGAGGGCAAGGCGUCCAAGGUCCGCUUCGACGUCUCCCUCAACGACAAGCCCGUCGCCUCCGAGACCGUCGACGCCCAGCCCGACGCCGACGUCGCCGCCACCUUCCACAUCCAAGACCCGGCGCUAUGGUACCCCGUCCGCUACGGCGCGCAGCCCCUCUACACCGUCACCGCGACCCUCCUCUCCUCCUCCGCCGCCGAAGUCGACUCGCUCUCCAAGAAGAUGGGCAUCCGCAAGGUCGAGCUCGUCCAGCGUCCCGUCAAGGAGCAGCCCGGCACCUCCUUCUUCUUCCAGGUCAACAACGUCCCCGUCUUCUGCGGCGGCAGCGACUGGAUCCCCGCCGACAACUUCAUCCCCCGCAUCUCCGCAGACCGCUACCGCGACUGGGUCCGCCUCCUCGCCGACGGCAACCAGCUCAUGGUCCGCGUCUGGGGCGGCGGCAUCUACGAGGAACAGGCCUUCUACGACGCCUGCGACGAGCUCGGCAUCCUCGUCUGGCAGGACUUUAUGUUCGGCUGCGGCAACUACCCCGCCUGGCCCGCCCUCCUGCAGUCCAUCGACCGCGAGGCCCGCGAGAACGUCAAGAUGCUCCGCCACCACCCCUCCAUCGUCAUCUGGGCCGGCAACAACGAGGACUACCAGUACGCCGAGAGCGAGAACCUCACCUACGACCUCGCCGACAAGGACCCCGACAACUGGCUCAAGACCGACUUCCCCGCGCGCUACAUCUACGAGAAGAUCCUCGUCGACGCCUGCAAGGACCUCAUCCCGGACGUCUACUACCACUUCGGCUCCCCCUGGUCCGGCGACAACACGCGCGACCCGACGGUUGGCGACCUGCACCAGUGGAACGUCUGGCACGGCACCCAGGAGAAGUACCAAAACUUCGACAAACUCGUCGGCCGCUUCGUGUCCGAGUUCGGCAUGGAGGCCUUCCCCUCCGUCAAGACCAUCGACGCCUUCCUCCCCCUUGGCCGCGACGACCCCGACCGCUACCCGCAGUCCUCCACCAUCGACUUCCACAACAAGGCCGACGGCCACGAGCGGCGCAUCGCCUUGUAUCUGGUCGAGAACUUCCGCUACGCCCCGGACCCGCUCGAGCACUUCGUCUACUGCACGCAGCUGAUGCAGGCCGAGUGCCUCGCCUCCGCGUACCGCCUGUGGAAGCGCCAGUGGAAGGGCCCCGGCCGCGAGUACUGCGGCGGCGCCCUCGUCUGGCAGAUCAACGACUGCUGGCCCGUCACCUCGUGGGCCAUCUGCGACUACUACCUCCGCCCGAAGCACGCCUACUUCACCGUCAAGCGCGAGAUGGCGCCGCUGUCCGUCGGCAUCACGCGCCGCGAGCACCGCCACGCAAGGGACAAGUACACGCGCGUCGACGUCGAGGUGACGCACCAGAUUGAGAUCUGGGGGUCGAACCUGCAGCUGGCGGAUCUGACGGUGGAUUGCCUGGUCAAGGCGUGGGACGUCGAGACGGGCGAGGAGACGUACUCGGAGAUCGUCGCGGGGGGCAUCGUCCUGCCGGAGAACAGGUCGACCGAGAUCGCGGCGUUCAAGGUUCCCGCGCGGCAGAAGGGCGACGAGGCCAGGACGGUUGUUGCGGCGUACCUCGUACAGGACGGGAAGCAGGUCGCGCGGUACGUGAACUGGCCCGAGCCGCUCAAGUACCUCCACCUGCAGAAGCCGAAGGAGCUUAAGGCGGUGGUUGACGAGGGCGUGGUCAAGGUCAGCGCCGAGGUGCCCGUCAAGGGCGUGGCGUUGGAGUGCGAGGACGACGCGGUGGUGUUUGGGGAUAACCUGGUGGACAUUGUACCCGGCGAGGUGGUUGAGAUUGCGGUCACGGGCGCGGGCGAGGGGUUCAAGAUUGAGACACGGUAUCUGGGCAUGCUUAAUUGA